CUAAUUUCUCGUACAAAUUUCACAAAUUCCCUCAAUUUCUCGAUCCAUUUCUUACACAAAAAUGGAAUCAAAACGUCAGUUGAUCGAUUCCCUCACCUCCCAUAUCUCUCUCUACAGUUCCCAUUCACCAUCUUCAUCAAACCCUAACCCUAACCCUAACCCUAGAUCCUCCAUUCUCAAAUGGUUUUCAUCACUCACACCUCACCAGCGACAAUCCCACCUCACUAUCAUCGAUAAAUCCUUCACCCAGCUUCUAAUCCAGUUGCAAUUCAAACUCAACAACAAUGGCCAUGGUUCUUUCAUCAUCCUCCCUGACAUACCAUCUUCCUCAUCCAACCCUAAUCUCCCCACUUUCUGUUUCCGAAAAUCUCAUGGUCUGUUGACGAGAAUUAGCCAGCUUUCAAAUUCUGAAAAGCGUAUUCGCGACUCUGUACAGUUGUUUGAUUCGAAAGAAGGUGAGAGUUUUGGUUCUUGUUGUUGUAAUUGUUUAGAUUCUAUGACUGUUGGUAGAAAUCUAGUUGAAAAUGUGGAUACGUUUGUUGAGGCUAUGGAUGGGGUCUCGAAUGGGGAAUUUUUGAGAGGGGAGGAGAGUGUGUUAUUGGGAUCAUUGGAUUGGGUGGAAUUCAAUUGGUUGAAGGCUAAAGGGUAUUAUAGUUUGGAGGCUUUUGUAGCAAAUAGGUUAGAAUUGGCGUUGAGGUUAUCAUGGUUGCAUUUGAAUGUUGGCAAGAAAAGAGGGAUGAAAUUGAAAGAGAAGUCUGUUUGUGCAGCUGCGGGUGUGGCGGCAAAUGUGUAUUGGAGGAAGAAAGGGUGUGUGGAAUGGUGGAUGAAGUUGGAUGAUCAAAAGAAGAAGAAAGCUUUUCGAAUAGUAUUGGGAAAAUCUGCAAGAUUGCUGGUACUUUUUUCUGUGAACUCUUUUAUGUAAUUAACUGUUGUGCUCUUCAUUCUGAUAGGCAACUGACCAAAAAAAAUCUGUUGUUGAUGCUAAAUGCUGUUCUAUAUGCAUAAGUUUCAGUUGGUUUCAUAUGGGAUUGCUAGAAUUUUUAGUUUUCCCAUCUUCUUUUGUACCAGACACACCCUUACCACUUCACUAAAGUGCUUACCACUUCAAUACACUUAUAUACAGAAACCUUGUGUUUGUUUUUCAUUAUGUUUUCUUUUGCUCAUCUGAUACUGUGUAGUGUGUUCUGGUUGAUGAAGAACACUAGGGUGCAACUGAGAGUCUUUAUGUUCUGAUCUAGGUUCAAUACAUACAUCAGGGUGGUAAAGAUUGAUUUGUUACAUAAGUCGGGAACUCAGGAUAGUUGAGAGUAAUUCAAGGAUUUGACUACUUCUUAUGCUUAUGCUUCUU